CGCAACGCAGCGCAUCGACUUUUCUUCGAAUUCGGUGGAAUAACUAACGGUACAGGCGGCUAUAGUGAAAGUGAUUAAAUAGUGUCUUAUGUGCUGAUCCUGCCAAUUCUAAUCAGUUCUUUAAUUAACAAUACAGAGCGCAAUUAGAACGCUCUCAGUGUGAAUUCUAAGUGAGAUUAGCCCAGAAUGCGAGCUCUGGGCGUGUGUGCGCUGCUCUUGGCACUGGCCAGCUGCCAGGGCUACAACAGCUUCAGAUCGAGCUAUAGCAGCAGCUCUUCCUCAUCGUUUGGCGGCGGCGGCGGCAUCAGCAGCGUUGGCGGCGUCAACGGACAGUCGCAGGCUUUGCUGCAGGGUCAAACGCAGCUAAACAGCUGGGCCUACAAUCACUUGAAUGAGGUGCGCGAGUUUGCCAAUCGACUAACUCAGGAAUACAAUGCCAUGUCUACGGGCAGCAGCAAUAUCAUGGGGCACUCAUUGCCUUGGAGUGCAAACAUCCAGCAGCUCAGUGGCAAGAGUGCAAGCGAAUUGGAUGCUCUCUGCCUGCAGAUAAGUCAGAAGCUGGUGAAUGAUAUGCGCCAGGGACUUCUCAGCUAUAACAACAUUGUGCAGCCAGCAUUUUUCGAUAGCAAAGCAGCGGAGGUGCUGGAGAACUAUGCAACUGGUAGCACACAGCAAAUUGUGGAACUGAAUCCGUUUAAAGCCGUCGAUUUAAGUGGUUUCGAUGAGGUCAAAAACUAUGAAUACCCAGCCGAGGUGAAGGUAAUAGAUGGCAAGACCUAUUUGGUGCAUCGCAACUGCACUGAAGCCACCAAGAUAUCAAACAGCUAUGGCGGUAAUGCAAAUGCUCAGUUGACUCAUGGUUAUUACCCACAGAAUCCGAUCACUAUGCCCUCGAGCCGAGCCACAACUCUGACUCGCCAGUCAUCGUUGCAGGACUGGAUUGGACAAAGAAUGGAGCCGAAUGUGGUGGAUUACAGAUCGGUGGUUAGCAUCGAUGGUGGCAGGCCUCUGCCCUCAUAUAGCCAAAUAACGGCAAUGCCAUCCUUUGGCCAGUCCAGUUCACCCGGCGCGAGGUCAACGGUGACAGUAAGGCGAUUCAAUAAGACCAUUACGACGCAUGCCGAUGGCACCAGCUCUGUGGAUGGCUCGGAAGCCCAUCAACGCUGGGAGAACGGUCAGCUGGUCUACGAUAAUAACCGACCCUUUGGACAAUCCUCGGUGCCGCGCGAUGAGCAGUGGAAGCGCGAAGAGCGUGAACACUUCUUCUGGUAUCUAACAACGCCACAGCGUCUUGAGGAUUGGCAGCAUCAGCAUGAGGACCGUCUAAUGGCUGUGGCUCAUCGUUAUCAUACGACUCUGCCCGUUCUUUUGGAGUUCCAUCGUCGUGAGCUGUCGCGUUAUCAGGCGUUGUUGGCUCAGUAUCAGGCACAGGUGCAGGAUGCCACUGCUUGGCAGCAACAAGAACGUGGUCGCCUUGAUUGGCUCAUCCAUCAGAAUAGCUACACGUCCCAAGAUUUUGAUCGCUGGCAAAUGGAGAACAGCGCUAAGUUACGUCAGCUGGCGCAGAAGAACGGCAUCUCGCAAGAACAACUGCAGCAAUGGCAGCGUCAGGAGUUGCAGCGCCUCUAUGUCUACUUCAAUAAGGUCAACGACUCGCUAAGUCCACAAGUGCCCCAAAUACCAAAUCAAAUAACUAUACACGAGUCCGGUUCACUGAUUGCAGACAAUGCUCAGGAGCAGCAGCGGCUAAAUGAGCUCAUUCGCCAGCACAACGCUACGAUUGCCAAGCUGCAGAGCUCAAUACUCAACGACCAGCAGCGGCUCAAGGAUCUGUCCAUCAAGUAUCAAGGCGACAUGCAGAGUCAGACACAGUGGCUGCGCGGUGAGGUCGCGCGCAUUGGCGAUCUUAUCAAGGAGCAAAACGAGCAGGUGACCAGAUUAAGUGCAUGGCAGAGUUCGGAGCGCGCUCGCCUGGAAUCCAUGCUGAAACAGCAUCGUGGCAGCCUUAGCGAGUUACAGCAGCAAAUGGCCCAAGACAGCAGCUAUGUUCAGAAUUUGGCGGCCAAAUAUCGCGUGGGUGUCGAUGAGCUGGAGAAAUGGCAACGCGAGGAGCUGCAGCGCCUUCAAUUGGUCGGCCAGCAGCAGCUGGAGAGUCAUAUCAAGGAUUGGCAGGUCGGCGUUAGCGCUCAGCUGCGCAACAUCAUUGGCCAGAAUCAGUUGACAAUCGAGGAGUUCCAGAACUCCAUCAUUAAUGAUCGCGCACGUUUGGAGCAAUUCGCACGCACCUACAAGGUGCGCGUGGAGGAGAUUGAAUCGUGGAUUAAGAGCGAGCUCAAGAAGUUCCAAUCCGAGGGUCUGCUCAAGGAUGUGGAACAGCAGUUGGCUUCGUGGCAGCAGCGCGAACGCGAGCGACUUCAAGCUUUGGUGCAGCACAACACGUUGACCGUAGAGCAGCUGGAGGCGAAGAUCAAGAAUGAUCAGUCGCACUUCUUUGACUUGGCUAACAAGUAUCAGGUGCGCGUGGAGGAUAUUCAGGAUUGGCUCAAGAAGGAGCUACUGCGCCUCCAAGGCGAGGGUCUGAUCAAGGCAGAGGCCCUGAAGGACUGGCAGGUGGCUGAACGCCAGCAAAUAGCCAAGAUAGUGCAGCAAAACAAAUAUUCUAUUGAUGAAUUCGAACGCAAGCUACUGGCCGAUCGUGCCCGUCUUAACGAUUUAUCAAAGACCUACAAUGUGCAGGUAUCCGAGAUUGAACAAUGGAUCCAGUCCGAAGGCGAGCGUCUGCAGCGUGAGGGACAACUGCACAUGGAGACGCAGCUGAACAACUGGCAGAAGAUUGAGCGCCAGCGCCUGCUGGAUCUGAUCAACAAGAACGAUUUGUCCAUUGAGGAGCUGGAGACCAAGAUUGGCAAGGAUCAGACCCAUCUGUACAGCCUGGCUCAACAGAACCAAGUGCGCGUUGAAGAGAUCGAGCAAUGGAUUAAGCAACAAAUUCAGAAACUUCAAAGUGAAGGCCUCAUCGAGAUGCAGCGCUUGAAGAACUGGCAGCUGGAAUGGCGUGGAAAUCUGACGAACAUGGUGCAGGAGCGUGACUAUACGGUCGAGGAGUUCCACAAGUGGCUGCUUGAGGAUCGGGCACGUCUGCAGAGUCUGGCCAUGCAGCACAACGUGCAGAUCGAGGAAAUCGAACAGUUUGUGAAGAAGGAGGAGCAGCGCUUCAUUGGCAUGGGCUUGCUCAAGCCCAGCGAGAAGCUGACCAAUUGGCAAGAAGUGGAGCGUCUACAUCUGAAGAAUCUAGCACAGCAGCAAUACAAGUCCACGGAGCAACUGGAGGCGCGCUUGCGUCAGGAUCGCGAGCUGCUGGAGAAACUGGCGACACAGUACAGCGUGCAGGUGGAGGAGAUUGAAAACUGGAUGAAACAGGAGCUGGCACGCAUGCGUGACGAGGGCAAGCUGCAGAUUGACAAUCUCACCUCCUGGCAGCUGGCCGAACGUGAACGCCUCGAGACGCUGCUCAAGCAGAACAAACAAUGGAGCGCCGAGGAUCUGCAAGCCGAGCUGCGAAACGAUCGCGAACACAUGCAAACCAUGGCCUUCCAGUACCACACCUCGGUUGAAGAAAUCGAACGCUGGGUCCAGUCCGAGAUCGAACGCCUCAAGCAGCAGGGCAAGCUCAACAUUGAGCAGCUGACAGCCUGGCAGCAGGCCGAACACCAGCGCAUUCUGUCGCUGCUUCAGUCACAGUCCAACAUAACAAUGGAACAGUUCGCGACCAAGGUGCAGAACGAUCGUCAUUUCCUGCUCAACCUGGCUGAGCAGCAUCAUGUGAGCGUUAUGGAAAUUGAGACGUAUAUCAAGCAGGUCAUUGACGAUCUGCAGAAGAAGGGACAAUUUGAAAUUGAGCAGCUGCAAACGUGGCAAUUGGUUGAGCGCGACUACAUCAAGUCGCUGAUUGCCGAAUAUAAGAAUGGAUUGUCCACAGCCGAGUUUGAGCAGAAGCUGUUGGCGGAUCGUGCGCAUCUGAAUCAGUUGGCUGAUCAGUAUCGUCUGAAUGUGGAGCAAAUUGAGGAAUGGAUGAUAUCGGAGCUAAAACGUUUGAGAGGAAACACGGAGACCUCGCUGAGAACGCUCAGCGCUUGGCAAGUGACGGAGCUGGAGCGCCUGCAGAAGCUACUGAAAGAGCAAACUCACAUCAGCUAUGUGGAAUUUGAAAUGGAACUGCAAAAGGAACGCGAGCAUCUGCGGGAAUUAGGCAAUCAAUAUUCAGUUAAUGUGGAGGAAAUUGAGCAAUGGUUGCGCCAGCAACUGAUCAACCUGAAGACUACGGGCAAUGCCAAGGUGGAGAAAUUGGCCAAAUGGCAGAUUGCCGAGCAGGAGCGUCUCAUUGAGCUGCUAUUGAAGCACCAGCAGGACCUUAACUAUGAGGAUGUAGAGCGUGAGCUGCGCAAGGAUCACGCCCAUCUGCAGAGCUUGUCGCAGACAAAUCACGUGAGCAUUGAGCAGGUCGAUAAUUGGCUGCACGAUGAGCUGCGGCGUCUGCAGAACUCAGGACUUGUGCAAUUCGAAAAGCAAACUCAAUGGCAGAAACAGAUUAGCAACGGCUUCAACAACUGGCUCAAGCAACAGCAGGAUUCGGCUACCUAUCAAGAGUUUGUGGAUUUCUUGAAGCGCGACAAGUCACGUCUGAAUGGCAUUGCCAAUGACUAUCAUCUGACCGUGGAGCAGGUCGAACAGUGGGUGCAAAAGGAAACGGCACGUCUAUCGCUAAUUGGUGUCAUCGAGAAGCCGCAAGAUAAUUUUCGCUACGAAGAGAUCGUAAGCAUUACGGAUCAGUCUGCAAAUUCUCAGCCCUGGAAGGAAUAUUUGACUGCACGACUGCGCAGUGAAGCCCAUCUGAAGCCCAUGACCUGGCAGGAGUUCCAAGUGUACUUGAUACGCAACAAGCCCAACUAUGAGCGACUGGCACAGCAAUAUCACAUCACCGUCGAGGACAUCCAUUUGUGGCUGGAGGAAUCAGCCCGACAAUUGGCCGAUGAAGGCCUCAUCACAGGCUCCAUAACCGUUGAGGAGUGGCAGCUGAAGGAGCAGCAGCAUAUUCAGGAUUUGAUUAACCAGCAGUUACGUCGUCGUCAAAAGUGGACCAUUGAGGAGCUGCAACUGAAGCUGCUUAAUGACCAGAAGCAUUUGCUCGACGUGGUGCGUCAAUAUCAAAUCAGCAUUGAAGAGCUAAAGUUGUGGUAUAAGAAUGAGCUGAAGCGUCUCCUGGAUUUGCGCAAGAUUGAGCGAGGCUUUGGUAUGUCCUGGCAAACGAAGGAAUUGGAGCGUAUUUACCAGACCGUUGUGCGUCAUCCCAUCAAUCGCAAUGCAUUAGAGCAGCUGCUGUUGCGCGAUGUUUCCAUUCUGGCGCCGCAGUAUCGUGUGACCGUUGAGGAGCUACGCAUCUUCAUUCAUGAGAAAUUGCAGCGCUUGGCCGACAUGGGUCUAAUUGUGGAUAGCCUGAUAGUGGGCAGUGACUGGAAGGAGCAGGAGCGUCAGCGUCUACGUCAGAUUGGCUCCAGUGUUAUUAUCACCGCUGGGGAGCUAUUGCAGCUUCUCGCAGCGGACAACAACUAUCAGCAUGAGCUAGCCCGUCUCUAUGGCGUGGAGCUAGAACAACUGGCGCCCGUGCAGAGCAUAUACGUUGGCAACAUGGCCAAGGAGCAGCUGCUUGAACAUCGCAAUCUCAUUGUGCUCACGGCCUGGCAGCAGAAGGAGCGCGAUCGUCUGUACGGAUUCAUUGGCACCCAGAAUAUGACGCUGCGUCAGUUGCGCGACUGGCAGCGUCAGGAUGAUGAAAAGCGACGUGAUAUCAAGGAGUGGCAGCUCAAGGAGUUCGAACGCAUCAUGGCCGUGGCUCGAUACUAUGGCAUAUCACUUAUUGAAUUGCAGCAGUUCCGCGACGAGGAACUCCAAUAUCUGAACUACUUAAAUCAUCGCAAGCUGUUGCCAGAGUCCGAGGUGCAAAACUGGGAGUCCAAGCAGCACUGGCGUUUGCAAAAGCUGCAAACUAAGUACAAGAAGUAUGGCCAGGAGCUGAGUAUCUGGCGUCGCACACUGUACCUGCUAAGUCAGGGAUUGAUCAGUCUGCCUGAAGGCAAUGCAGGCUAUGUGGUCGAUGCAGGCACCACCAAUGCUACCGCCGUGCAGAAACCAAUUUUCUCCAAGGAUCGCGGAGACCAGCCGCCUCAUAUCUAUGAGGAGUCAUACAAUGAAGACGAUGAGCCCGGUCUGGAGGGUGAAACGAAGGCGCCUCUGCCUCGCCCAAUGCCCAUGGUGUCCACGCCACCGCCGUUGCCUUAUCAUCGCGGCAUUCCAAGUAAUGCCAACGUAGGCUACGAUUAUCGUCGUACGGACUACACUUUCAAUAUGCCUGUUGGCAGCGUUUCAGCUGCAGCCAGUGGCGGAGCCGAUGGUUCAUCGGCCUCGGCCAGCGCAACGUUAGGCAAAUGGAGUCGUGCUGCGGGCGAAGAGCCUGCUUCACAGCAACAAGUUCAGCUCGAGGACUUGGGUCAGCAACAGCAAGUUGACUUGGGAUGGAAUGAAGGUCAAAUCGAUGGUGGACAACAGCAGCAGGAACAGGAACUUGCUUGGAACUCCAACUACAAACAGGACAGCGAUGCUGGCCAAGUGCAACAGCAACUGCUGGAAGACAAAGAUGACUACGGACAACAACAAGUCGAGGACUUAACAGGCCAGGCCUAUGGCCAUAGCUAUGGCUCCAAUUAUGGUCAGCUGCAACAGGCGCAACCAGCUGAAACUACGCCGACGCCCAGUACGCUUGAAAAAUUAAAGAAUAAGAUAACCGGCAUCUUCGGUUAGAGCUCGGGACACAACGAGAACUGCCAUAAAGACUUAAGAGCAUCGCAAUGAAAACGAGCCAAAUACAAAACAACAUCAAAAAAAAA